AGAGAGAGAGAGAGAGAGAGAGAGAGAGAGCUUGUGAGGCUUCUGACUCUCCAAAUGCAGACUCACAGACUGUUGUACUGCAAGGCACAGCGGAGUGCACAUGUGGAAUCAUGCUGAUGAACUACGUCCUAUCUAACUAAGGAGCUGGGCUUUGUCUAAAGAUACUUUUUUCUUGUUAGACAGCUAAUCCUCUGUGUCCGGUCAAGGCUUGGCACUCAGACUACUGAGAGUUUGAUUACCAACUGGACAGACAGACUGGCAGAAGUGUGUGAGAGAGAGGAGCCAGCUAGAGGGAUAUACAAGACGUCCUGGACUAUCUGACCGGAAUUCUUGUUGACGGUGGAAAGAUGACAUCCAAGUCGUCCAGGCUGGGCAGACCCUCAUCGGCAGGGUCCAAGCAGCCCUCUCAGAGGAAGGAUUGCCCGGUGGGUAACCGAUCCUGUAUGCUGCGGGUCGGGGAGAGGCUGAUGAGGGCUGGGAGUGAGGGGAACCUACAUGUAGUGAGACCCAAACCUGUCCAGCAGACACCCCUGGAGGAAGGACACCAACAGUCCAGCUCCAUCACACCCAAAGAGUUAGGAAACAACAACCAGAGAGACUCAUCACCUGAGGACGUAGAGCGUUUCCACAGGCAGCAGACUGUAGAGAACCAGAACCACCACUCUGAGCCACGUUCCCCCAGCACAGUCCCCAGGAGGUACACCAUCGGAGGGCAAGGGCCCCGCAGUGCCAGAGACCCCCUGACCAUGCAGCACGCUGACGUAGAGAGGAAGAAAGAGGUGUUCCUGGAGCACCUGAAGCAGAGGUAUCCUCACCAUGCUGCUGUCAUCAUGGGCCAUCAGGACCACCUCAGAGACCAUGUCAGGAGCCCCCAGCACUCUGCCAGCCCCCCGCCCAGUAUAGGGGAGCAGCUCGAGCACCUCUCGUUGGAGUCUCUGGAGACCAUGUCAGAGGGAGACGGUCCAGCGGUCUUCACCCGUGGCUGCCAGGCACGGGCCAGCCUGCCGGUGGUCCGCUCUGCCAACCAGACCAGGGACAGAUCAUUAGGUGUGCUGUACCUGCAGUACGCAGAGGAAACCAAGCAGAUCCGGAUGCCCAAUGAGAUUACCAGCAUAGACACAAUCAGGGCUCUGUUUGUUAGUGCUUUCCCCCAGCAGCUCACCAUAAAGAUGCUGGAGUCUCCCAGUGUAGCUGUGUACAUCAAAGAUGAGACCAGGAACAUGUACCACGAGCUAACUGAUGUCAGAAAUAUUACAUCUCGAUGCUGUCUGAAGGUGUACCACAAAGACCCUGCACAUGCCUUCAAUCGCAGCAACGCAAGGCCUAACAAUGCUGAGGGCAGGAUACCAAGGGAGAUACUGUAUGGAAGUCAUAGCCCUGUGCACACUUUACAAUCCACCUGCAGUCCUGUCCACUCCAUACAGGGGUCCAUGUCUCCCCCCACAGUCCGCUCCAUGCCCUCCUCCCCCUCCAGGAUCCCCUAUGGCCACCGAUCAGGGGGAGGGGUGCCAGGCAGUGCCACCCUCCCCAGGGCCAGCAUGUCCAGUGGGCCCCCCAGCAGGUCCGUCACACCCUCCCCCAGUGCCAUCCUGGAGAGAAGAGACGUCAAACCUGACGAGGACCUGAGCAGUACAAGUAUGGCGCUGGUGCGUGCCGACGGGUUGUAUGUCAACGUCAUUGACCCCUACGCUGUCCAGGAGGGCCGGCUGAGUAUCGCCUCCUCCCAGGGGGGCGGCCACAUGGGAGACAUGGUCGACAUAGGUGGUGGUAGCCUCCACCGAGCCUUGGUCAAGUCCCCAGCCUCCUAUACAGAGAACCCGGAGCAGCAGCACUCCCUCUACAGGCAGAAGUCCCGGAGGUACGGGGAAAGCCAGGGACUACCGCCACUCGGCACCAAAACCCCGCCCCCUUCCCCUCAUAGAUUGAACGACAACCACGGCCCUGUGGCCUCAGAGAGGGGCUCUCCUUUUCGCCGGUCUCUGCGGAAGGAGAGUAAUGGUAAUACAGUGGAGGUGGUGAACAGGACCAGGGGUAGUGUGUCCUCUGUGUCCUCCUCUCCUGUGUUCGUGGAGCUCCCCUCAGGGCACUAUGGGGACAGGCUGUUUCAGGGACACUUCACCCCCAAUGACCCCCAGACCAGUGAGCGAAUGAAGGCCAUGGAACAACAGAUUGCCAGUCUGGCUGGCCUUGUUCAGCAUGCACUUGCUAUUGGGCCAGCUGAGAUAGAUAGGAUGACUGCUUCUCCUUUCCAUGUCAACAACAGUGCAGGAGUGUCACCAGUUCCUGCAUCCAGAACCCCUGCCCUCCUUGCAGAUGGCUUCAAUGCUCUAGUCCCUCAGGCCCCUUCCCCUGACUCCACCCUGCAGGUCACACUGACCACGGUCAGGAGGAACGUCACUGACCUCCGACAGCAGCUUCACCAACUCCGACAGCUACAGAUGCAGAACCAGGACAGUGUGAAGGGGAUGCUGAAGAGAGCAGAGGAGGAGCUAGCUGAGGUGAUGUCUGAGACCCUACAGAGACAACAGCAGGAGACCGAGCCUGGCCAGAGACAGAGGACGACGGUGGACGAAGAGAGACGCAAGUACCAGGCCAUGGAGGAGAGAGUUUUGGCCCAGCUCAGGGAGCUGGAGGAGUAUGUGGACCGUCUGAGGAGAGACUCGUCCUCCGGCAAAGGUCAGCUGUCAAUCACCCUCAGGGACGUGGAGGAGGGAGCUGUCAACCUCAGGAGGGUGGGAGAGGCCUUGGCUGGACUUAAAGGUGAGUUCCCAAGCCUGCAUGGGAAGAUGCGGACGGUGCUGCGUGUGGAGGUGGAGGCAGUGCGAUUCCUGAAGGAGGAGCCUCAUAAGAUGGACAGCAUGCUUAAGAGGGUCAAAGCCCUGACAGAGGCUCUCAGUGGUCUCAGAAGAUGUGUCACAGAGAAUCAUCCUCACAAUCCCGAGCCUGGAGCAGCCACAGGAGGGGGUGUAGAGCCUGCGAUUGCCCAGUCUGAACCCCCCCGGAAGAAUCUCCCCACCAUGGAAUCCCCCAAACCUCAGCCCAGGCCCUCUGUCAGACCUCCCCAGCCACAGGUCAAGAACCCUGCAGGCAGGCCAGACACAGUCCCCACCUCACCUGACAUUGUCCACCGUGUGAAGAGCUCUCCCGUCAACAUGCAUUCUUGUCAGCACUCAGCGGCUCUGCCACACCACCCCAGCCCCCCACUGACCUCCACCCACGGCCGAGACUCCCCCACCGUGGCCAAGGUCAGUCCCCGCAGCCGAGAGAACAGUCCGGCCCUGCAGAAGAGAAUAGUCCCUUGGUGUGGCGAUGGACCGGCACCCACGGCCAGCAGCACUGAGACCACCUCACAACCACCUGGUUCAGAGGAGAUCCACACCAACAGGGGCAGCAUCAAACACAUCGUCAUGAAUGUUGAGACGGCAGAGAGAGAGCAGGACCUGGAGGAGGGGAGGUCGCCACAGAACUCAGCAGCCACCUCUUCUGGGAGUGAGUUUGAGCAGAUUCUCCAGGAGGCCCAGGCCAGCCUGAUGAAGGCCAUACCCGACCUGGAGGUGACUGAGACCGGGAGAAGGGAGGCUCAGUCCUCCCCUCCACCCCUAGCUCCAGACCAGCCAUCUCUCCCAGGCCCAGAGCUUCCCCUCAACCCUCCACUGCCAGACGAAGUAGAUGCCCCUCAACCUACUGAGGCAUCUCUUCCAGAACCCACUCAGGCAGCUGAUGUGGCUGCUGAGGUGACUGUUCAGGUCAGCACUGAGCGACCACAUAAGUCUAUGGUUGAAAAGCCUCGCAGGCCCAGUGUGGAGAGAGAGAUGAAGAACAGCCCAGAGAAGUCAGGGAAGUCUCUUCCACCACCCCCACCACGGAGGUUCUUCCCUUCACUGUCCGGCCCAGGGCUGACCACAGGGAGGUCUGGAGAAGUCAUCUUUACUACCAGGAAGGAAGCCACCACCGCCCAGGAUGAUGAAGAGGCGGUGGUCCCUCAACCCAGUCCCAAACCCACCAGACAGCCCCCAGAGGUCAAGCCCAAGCCCCAAACCACUCCUGUUUUUAUAGCCUCAGCUGAGCCAGGGGAAAAGGAGGACGAAGAAGAAGAGGAUGAUGAUGAGGAGGAGGAUAAAUUCAUGAAGGAACUACAGGUGUUUCAGAAGUACACUCUUAGAGAUGUAAGCACAAAGUGUGUCAUAGACCUUACAAGCACUGCAUCUCAAGUCAGACAGAUAGAGCCAGAACUCUCUCUCUCACCCAAAGACCCAAAGGAGAGUCAGGAGAACAAGGGUAAAGAGAAAAGUGUGUGCAACACUGACGAAAACAGAUUUGUCAUUGUUCCAAAGAGUCCCAGGGUCAUGUAUUAUGUCACAGGGCAGUUAUCCAAUGAGAAGCCUCCAUCGGGAAAAACAGACCAAUCGGAAGGCAGGGAGGGAACAUUGUCCCCCUCACAGGUGGCAAACUCAAAUAAAUUUGACUCCCAGCAGACAGAGUUACUAAUAGCAGACACAACACCUCUGGUAUCAUGUAACUCAGUGCUGGAAAGCCAAGAUUGUCCUCCUAAUAUACAGAAGAUAGCAGUUGGAGAAGAUAGUGGGAAGGAGAGCGUCGUUGAUGAGAAUGUCCAGAAGGAUCCUGUUCAGUGUCAGAAAGUGGGGGUAGUUGAACCUGUGUCUCCUCCAAUACCUGCAGAGAAGCAGGACAUAUCUGAACCUUCUCAGCAAGACUGUUAUCUUACUAACAGUAAACCAUCAUCACCUUCGUCAUCAUCACCACCACCAUCUUCACCAGCAUCACCACCACUUCCACUAUCAUCAUCUUUACCAGUACCAGUAAUCCAGUUUGUUAGUAGUACAGGCCAAGAGGUUUCAGGUAGUCCAGGGUCUCCACCAGAGAGCAGGGGCCUGGGUGACAGCCAGGGCCAGCAGGUAGUGUUGAGGUCCUUCAGAAGCAGAGCACCACGGUAUGUAGAGGAGGGCAGCAGCCUGAGCCCUGACCUCCCAGACGAGGAGGGCCCUCCUCCCCCUGAGAACAUCUCCUUCAUGAUGAUCACCAGCAACAGAGUGCAGGCUCUGUCCACUGGGGAGUACCAGGAGAUAGUGAAUGGUACCAGCAUGUCCGAGGUUCAGACCGUCAGUGUGGGGAACGACACCACCAGUAUCAGCCAGGAGCACAGUGGCUUCGACAGGAAGCCUGUGAUCAUCAUAUUCGACGAGCCCAUGGACAUCCGGUCGGCCUACAAGCGUAUGUCCACCAUCUUUGAGUGUGAGGAGGAGCUGGAUAGGCUGCUGCACCAGGAGAGCAUCAAGGAGGAGGCAGAGGAGGCAGGAUCAGAGAAGAGUGUACCUCAGGUAAAGUCUAACACUUAUCUACAUCAGGCAAACAAGACAGCAGUGACAGGAAACACUGCAACCAGUCACCAUAAUACUCCUGCUGUGGUUGCGCAACAGAAGAGUACAGCAGAGUGCUCAUUACCAGAACAGUCUAAAACAGAGCCCUCAAACACCAGCAAACCAGAGACCAAAAAGAAGUUCAAAUUCAAGUUCCCCAAAAAUAAGCUGGCGGCCAUCAGCCAGGCGAUUCGCACUGGGACCAAAACAGGGAAGAAGACACUUCAGGUGGUGGUCUAUGAGGACGAGGAGGAGUGGGACGGACACAUGAAUGAGACCGAAAGGUUUGAGAUCAACAGCAGUAGCAUACCACAAACUGACUUUAGUCACCUCACCUCUGUGAAUAACAUCACGUCACCAAGCACUCUCACCAGGUCAAACUCUAAACGCAGGACAGAGGAGAUCUGUAAGAAUGCCUACGACUCCAUAACCAGUCUAGAGGAGACCAUUAAACAGCUGGAGAUCACUGUGGACAAUAUAAGCCCAGCAGCGCCUAACACCGACUCCUGUGAAGAGUCUCCAGCCACAGUGAAAUCCCAACGAGAGAGAAGUCCCUCCAAGAGGCCUGCCCCUCCUCAGGUCUCAAAGUUCCUGAAGCAUCCUCAGAGUAAGAAGUCCAAACCAGAGCUUCCCAGGCCAUCCAUCACAAGCAGCUCCAAGAAACAGAAUACCAGUGGCUCUCCUUCUUCAAGUCAGAUGUCACUUUCUGUGUCUGCAAAGUCCUGGCAGCAACCAGCCGGGUCAGCUGACAAACCAGGAGGAAAAACUCAGAAGCAGUUUCCACAGGCUAACAGAAGUGCUGAGAAAGCUGGUGGGGAUAGUAACCAUUAUUUCCUUGCUUUACCUGCUUCUAAGAUCCCAGCCUUUUGUCAUAACUCUGGAAAAAAUAUGUCAUUGCCCGGUCCAAACACUGUGUCUAACCCUAUUAAAUCACCUUCCUCCUCCCCAUCCUCCUCACACAAAUCUUUCAUCCCGUCUCUUAAUCUGAGUCGUCUCGUCCCUCCUAGCCCUUCUUUCAAUGACAGACGUCAAAAUCUUUCCCUCUCAUCACAAACCCAAAAUGGCCGACCCAGCCCUUUCUCUCACUGCUCAUCUUCCUCUUCCUCCUCCACCUCCCCCUCUUCCAACUCCUCCUCUUUGUCCCCCACAUCCACGUCCUCCACGUCCUCCUCCCCUCCCUCUCCUUCCCUCCUCUCCCCGACUGCCAUGAGUCAAGGUGCGAGGAGUAUCCACCGCAUUGCUCAUAUACCCAGCUUCACCGGACAAAAGAUGCAAGGUGGAUACAGCAGCAAAACCACACAUACACCAGCAGCUUCUUUGUCAAAGGACAUAUGAUUAUCUUUUUAUAUCUAUAUGUAACAAAGUUAAAAACAUACCGUAAACUCAUGCCACAGCUUGCUUGAAAUGUUGCAGAUGGAGCCAUCCAAUUUGUACAUUUUGGGUGGCUCAACACGUUGGAACAUUGUCAAGGAGGACAGUUACGUGUGUUGCGAAGCAGAGGAUCACUGGUUCGAACCCAGUAUGGGGCAGUCGGACAGUGGAGGAAGCUAAGCUUUUAGCAGCACACAGACCCCUGUUACAUAACAGUAUAAAGUAUAGUGGAGGGAAGUGCUGUUUUCAAGGCAACCUAAUACAAUUGCAGGGCAUUCUCUCGUUUCUCUCUAGCUUUGAUAAGUUUUUGAUCAUGAUCAAUUUGAGUUCACAUACAAAAACAGAGAAUAGCGUGAGCUGGUUUUCAUUCCAUGCUCCCUUUCAGAAAGGGGACCUUUUUUCAUUUCUGCCUCAGUUUAUGGGUUGUUCCAUGAAAAUAGCGCCUUUUGCAUCCCUUUGAUAUUUAAAUAGACAUUGUGCACCAGUAUUGUAUUGUAAAAGCCUGUUAUAUUAAAUGAAGUGCCCUUUAAUAUAGACUCCAUGGAGAAUUCAAUGUAUUUAAAAAAAUAUGAAUAAAGGUUUGCUAAAGUGCCAAUUCAGCAUUUUGACAUGUUCCUCCAUCAACCCUGUCACUUCUAGGAAGAUUUCAACCCACUUAAUCCAAAGAUUCCUCCAUAACUUCACCGUCAUUGUAAAGCCUAGUUAUUGCUUUGACAGUCAUUUCUGAAAAGUAUUUUUUAUUUCAUGUGAUUAGUGAUUCAUUUAAAUCUAUCUCUCAUUUUGGAGGCAAGAAGUUUAGCAGUUAAGAGCUAUGGGCCAAUAACCGAAAGGUCGCUGUUUCGAAUCCCCGAGCUGAUUAGGUGUAAAUUCUGCCUGUGCCCUUGAGGAGCCACUUAACCCUAAUUGCUCCUGUAAGUCGCUCUGGAUAAGAGGUUCUUCUAAAAGACAAAACAUUUACAUUUUAAGGUCAAUCCUGUUACAUUAACUGAAAUCUGUUUUUAAUAUGGUGAAACUAUUCCUUUAAAAAAAAAUCGUAAUAAGAAUGUAACAUAGUCAAAUCAUCGUGUAAAAGCAGGUGAGCCGUUUCUACUCUUUUUGGCCAUUUUCUGGUGUUUUGUGGUGGAAAACUGAAUGGGUCGAGCAAAACACAUAGAUAAGACAGGCUAGAAAUGUUUAAGCUAUUUCAUUGUUUUUGUGAAGCUUGCAUUUAAUUGCCACACCCUGUUGCACACAACAAACGUGGCUGAUUUAAGAUGAAAUGUUACUUUAUUUGGCACUUAAUAGGGUCGUUUUGUUUAACGUGAACAUGUUUUUAUGAAGUUAAAUGUGCAUUUUAUGACCGAAUGUACAAAUUAAGUGAAAUCAAAAGGUUUUUUUUUCUUCCAAGUUACACUUCUCAAAAGGCACCGAAUUGGUGAAAUGACCCUGUUGUAUGAUGAUAACCAUAUUCACAAGAACAACUAGCUUUACAAAUGAUCAACACAAAAAGGUGCAAACAUUCUAGAGUUUAUACUAAUGUAGUUUAGUGGUGUUGGAAAUCUAGUUACAUUUUUAUUGAUGUGAGAAAUCUGUGAUUUUAACGGAUGGUGUUAUAUUUUAUACGAAUUAGAGUGACACUUAAUAAUAUAAAGAUUUGAUCUAAAAUAACAAUUUAUAUAAAGAAAUCAAAUCAUUUAUUUACAUUUUUAUGGUGGAUGAAGGCAUAGAUGCAGACUUUCAUCUAGCAUCAGUCAUUCAGAUGUCAUCUCUCUUAUGCAAUGAUCGUAGAUGUGUGGAGUUGUGCGAGUGGAACUUUGAAGAACAAAAUGCUUGGUGAUUUCUCAAGCUUCAGAUGCACUGCCAAAUCCUUUGAGCUAACAAGAUAGCUACUGUACAUGCAAAAUAAUGUUUAGAGGCCUUUUAAGGCAGUAGAUGUACUAACAUGCUUGUACUAAAGUGUUUGGUUUUACAGAUCAUGUAUCUAAGACAUGCACUAUGUGGACAUUGUAAUGUUUACCUUUGGGAUGGCAACUGACUUAUAUUCAUAUUAGUAACUGGUGUUUACAUUCAUAAUUAGUGACAGAAGUUUACAUGCAAGUGUAUGUAUUUAAGAGGGUUUUGUCUUCAGAAAAGUAUUUGAACUUGCCAAACUUCACUCCUAUGCAUGCCCUUUUAGAGAUUUAUCUGUCAUGUUAGAGAACUAUUGUUUGCACAACUCUGUAAAUAUUUAGUGUUCUCUGAUUUUGUAAAGCUGUAAACCAUGUUGUAAAAAGGUAUUGUAGAAUUUAAUGCUUGUGAGGUUGAGAAACUAAUAAAGGGCUUUCUGUUACUGA